CCUGCUACAACCAUGGAGGGUUUAUUCAACUUUUUAAGAAGCCGUCCCGUAUUCUGGACAAGUGUUGCCGGUACAACAGUGGGAGUAGCAUGUUUUGUUAAAGAUAUGAUGCAGGGUGGUAAAUUUACAAAACCCACAAGAGCCGAUGGAAAAAUUGUUAUUGUUACGGGGUCCAAUACCGGUAUUGGUAAGGAGACAGUACGCGAAUUGGCCAAAAGAGGGGCCACAGUUUAUAUGGCCUGUAGGGAUAUGAAGAAAUGUGAAGAGGCCAGAGAGGAAAUUGUUUUGGAAACCAAAAAUAAAUAUGUUUAUUGUCGUGAAUGUGAUUUGGCUUCUCUGGAAUCAAUUAGGAAAUUUACAGAGACUUUCAAAGCCGAACAAAAACGUUUAGAUAUUUUAAUUAAUAAUGCCGGUGUAAUGCGCUGUCCCCGCUCUCUAACCAAAGAAGGCUUUGAACUGCAAUUGGGAGUCAAUCAUAUGGGCCAUUUCCUUUUGACAAAUCUGUUACUGGAUGAACUUAAGAAAUCUGCUCCUAGCCGUAUUGUGGUACUCUCCAGUAUGGCCCACACUCGAGGUGAAAUCAAUGUUGGCGAUUUGAAUAGUGAAAAAUCCUAUGAUGAGGGCAAGGCUUACAAUCAAAGUAAAUUGGCAAAUAUUUUGUUUACUCGGGAAUUGGCAAGGAGGCUUGAAGGCACUGGUGUCACUGUCAAUGCCCUCCAUCCCGGCGUUGUCGAUACCGAACUCUUCCGUCACAUGGGCUUCUUUAAUUCAUUUUUUGCCAGUUUGAUAUUUAAGCCAUUGUCAUGGCCAUUCCUUAAAUCUCCGAAAAACGGAGCUCAAACCACAUUGUUUGCUGCCUUGGAUGAAGACUUGGCAACAGUUAGCGGUAAAUAUUUUAGUGAUUGUCAGAUAAAGGAUGUAGCACCCCAGGCUAAAGAUGAUGCUUUAGCCAAAUGGCUGUGGGCUGUUAGUGAAAAAUGGACAAGGCUGACAAAAUAA